UCAGCACUCAAUCUUGAUAUCCGUUUGCCUUUAAUUCUAAGGCACUACAAACCAUUGUCAUGAAUGGAUCGCUUGAUCGACCGAAAGGUCCAAGAGAUGGUUGUUGUAUCACUGCAACUUUGAAAAACCCACUGCACAGACGACAGCUGAUAGUGUUUUGCCUAGGAUGGAUGGCCUAUGCAUCUACAUACUUUCUGAGGAAGCCAUUAGGGGUGGUUAAAACAGAUCUAGAAACAGAUCUACAUAUCACCAAAACACAGUUAGGAUGGUUGGAUACUGCUCUUCUUCUGCCAUAUGCUGUUGUACAGAUGCUUCUAGGUAAUGUGGGAGACAAGUUUGGAGCAAGAAAAACCUAUGGAAUAUGUCUUAUCCUGUCAGCAAUAUCAAUGUUUACUUUUGGACAAUGGAGUAAUUUUUACCUAUUUGCUGGCUUACUAUUCAUGAAUGGGGCUGCACAGUCACAAUGCUGGCCAAACUGCAUGAAGACCUUGGGAUCCUGGUAUCCUGACAAAGUGAGAAAUUCCAUAUUCGGAAUGUUUGGAACCUGUGCCUUUGCUGGUGGUAUCAUGGGAACAGGGCUUGCUGUAUUUUUACAAUCAUCCUAUGGCUGGAGAAGUGCCUUCCUUUUACCGUCAGCAUUUGUGGGAAUUCUAGGUGUGCUGGUGCUUCUGUUUUUUCAACAACCAGACGAAGUUGACAUUGAGGUGCCUGGUAAAGCUCCUGUGAAUGCAGCUUCUACCAAAAAUGCUGGAAAGAUGACCUGGUUAGAGCUAUGGAAAAUUCCGAUGCUGGCAGAAGUAGCUGUUGCUGUUUUUUGUCUAAAAGUUGUUCGCUACUGUAUGUACAUGUGGCUUCCUCUAUAUCUACUAGACCAUUUGAAAUACUCUAAAGCUCAAGCUGGGAUGUUUUCUACAAUUUUCGAAGUGGGAGGAGUAUUUGGAAGUGCAGUUAUAGGCUUUGUUAUAGAUGCUGUGUUUUGGGGCCGUUCACUAUCUGGGACAGCAUUGUCGACCCUGCUGUCAGCCAUCUCCUUGCUGGGUUUCCUCCUUACCAGCUCAUGGGGUAUCUGGUUCAAUGGUCUAUUCCUGUUUCUGGCUGGAGUCUUCAACUGUGGUCCUGACAGUAUAUUAGGUGGAGCUGUACCUGCCCAGCUGGGUGAAAUGGACGGACGGAAUGCUGCUGCUGCCACUAUUGGCCUUGUCAAUGGUUUUGGAAGUGUGGGAACUUUUAUGGAAGGACCAAUCAUUGGUGUGAUUUCCACAUGGUAUGGCUGGUCAGGGAUGUUCUAUUUCAUGAUAGCUCUGUCCUUCUUAGGAACAUUCUCUGUGUAUCGUGCUGCAGGCAAAUUUAACAAAACUAGGACGAGGACAAUUCCUGAGGCAGAACCUUUAAAACUUGAUAGUGAUGAUGUUGUGUAAGAAAGUUCAUGAUAAUGUGCUCAAUUUACAAUUUGUAUUUAUCAAUGUCGAGGGAAAGUGAAAUAUGUCAUGAAGAUAUAAAUGUUUGUCAUAUUGGACAAAACCACUUAAUACCUGAAAAAAGAAUAUAUUGAAAUAGUGAAAUUUUCUAUCAAAUUUUAGUUUUAAUACAGAAUGUUUCCAAAUUCUGUCAUAAUAUCCAUUGUUACUGUGAUGGUGUCAUUUUAUCAUGUCAUAUGUUAGAACCAGAUCUUGGGGACUCUUUUGUGUAACUGGUACAAUAACAUUGAUUAUGUUGUUUCGUUUAGAGAAAAUUCAGAGUGUUUGUUAGAUUAUACCAACAAUGAUUGUCUCUCUGUAGUGUUGUGUAGUGUUAGUCUACUGAUUAAUUUCUUAACGAUACAGUACAUAUGAUGUAUAAUAUAAAAUAGUGUUGGAGAGAAUUUUUAGUUGUUUUUGAAAAUAAAAUACAACAAAUAAGACUUUCGAUGAGAGAAUACCCUGAUAUGUGUGUAGUUAUACAGUGUAUGUGGUAUCCACAAACGGGGUCUAAAAUUGAUGUUAUUGAUAUUUGAUGUAUCUGUUGUAAUGUAGUAGAAAUGGAUCAGAACAAACUUUUAAUAUUUAUAGGAGGUCUAUUACUUUAUCAGAUAUUUGUGUAUGUUUUGUUAUAAGGUGAUCAGCUUGGUGUUUAUCUAACUACUACAGUUGCUCAGAGUCACUUUCACAAGUAAAAUAUGUAAAAUAUGUGUUGUUCAAACAGGAACCAUGACAUGCUAUUUAUUUCUAAUCAUCUGUAUUUUGUUUGUGGACUGUAAACUACUUCAUCAUUACCUUACAAAGAGACUAAUGGUGGCGGUGUAAACUAUUAAUAGUUUAAUAACAUUUACAUGGCUAACAUUAGUCUCUUUACAACUUGAAAUAUCAAUCACAACAAUGUCAUGAUCAAUUGGUUUAUUAGUGUUGUUGACCGGUUUUACCCAUAUAAGGGUCACAUGUGUGACCUCCUGACCUUCUAUAGUUUAUUAUAGUUGUUACAGUUCAUCCUAUGUACUUAUAUAUCUAUUAUACAUAGUGCCACUUAAUAAACUAAAUUGUUAGUCUCUCAAAAUUAAUAUACAGAUCACAAAUAAAACCAUCAAUAAAACCAUUAUAGAGUUUAUUAUAUUGAGUUUGAUCAUUUGCAGAAUGUUCUAUGUAGACGGUAUAGUUUGUGGACCACUUCUAUCAAUCUAUCUAAAGCUAACUUUGCUGCCCAAAUUCCUUACGUAUGGAGACUGUACGCAUUGCUAAUGGUUUUAUAUGUAAAUCCACCAAUUCUGGUAUUUUCUCAGUACAGCUGCCUACUUAUAAAACUAAAGGUCUUCCUGGGUUUUCAAGUUUUGGUGUAUUUAAGGAAGAGUGUAGAAGAUGGGGGUUUGGGAAUUCUUUGGAGUAAAGCGCUUUAGCUCUUUAUCUGUUUUCUUCAUGUUUAACACUUAUGGAAAGUCAUUAUUGACUUUUUGAUCUGUGGGUUUGUUAAUGUUAACACUCUCAUAGUUCUACCAUGUAGUUGUCUGUCUGCCUCGUUUAUGUAGUCUUCCCUAUUUUGGAGGUGCUACUAUUAAUUGCUGGAGUUAGUAACAAUCUUAGCAUCCUGCUUUAAUAUUUGAGAGCUGCCCUUUCCGUAGCUGUGAGGUUAGAUCUAUUAGUAUUUUCUAUGAGUGUUUGUGCACGACUUCCAUUACCACAUUGAAAAAAGUGUCUUUAAAGUAUCAUUACCACCUGGAGGAGUCUGGUCUGCAGCAUAGGUUCUUGUCUGUAUUUCAGGGUCCUGUGUAUCUCGUAAGUGAUGUGAAUGAGUGACUAUGCUAUUUGAUUGUUAGACCCCCAGAGUAGGGCAAAAGUUUAAACCUGUGGAUGAAAUAUCUAAUUCAGUUUUAUUUAAUUUCCUAUCAGAUAAGUUAACAAUGCUACUUUGAUCAUUGAUGUUUAGUUGUGCCUUCCUGAAAUCAUUCCACCGUUUGUACCCAGUUUCCAUUCUGUAGUUUUCUCCUUCAGUUUUUCCUGUGCGCUGUUCUUUGAUUCCGUGAUGUGUAUAAAGGUUAAUUUUGUGAAGGACCAGGCUAGAUGGGCAAUGUCUGGUGUGGUAGUAGACUUGAUCAGUUCUUUCACUUCAUUUUCUUUUUUUGGCCAGUUCCGUAGUUCGGGCAUAACUGGUCAACAACACUAAUAAACCUAAAACCUACUUCUCCUGACCAUGUUGCGAUUGAUAUCUUACAUUGCUUGUCCCUAUUCCUCAAUUUCUCUGCAUACCAUGUAGUAUCCAAGCAAGGGAUAUCAGGAACACUGAACCCCUACCAAGAAUCACUCUUGUCCCUGGAAUUUAUUUUAAAAUUAAUUGUUUUAUCACAUUCUCAUCCUGAUAUCAACUCCAGGCUUGAGAACAGGUAUAUGCACUGUUAUUUAAUCUUUGUAAAAUUAAAGGCUGAACUCAACAAUACAAAACAAUUCUUUCUAUAUGUAUCGUUUUAUACUCUGAAAUAACCUCCCUUUGAGCUGUAUAUGUCAUUCAGACAAUGCAGUCUCCAUUUUGUCCUUUGUUUACUGUAUACUCAUUAUUCAUUGUGUCUUUGGUAACAUAUCAGAAUGCUGGAAUGUUGUGUUUUGUGACGUAAUUAAAUGUUCCCCUCUUUGCAGUUACAGCCCUUUUUUAUCUAAAAGAUUAUUGAUUUCUUACCUUUACUGAGGUUUACUAUAAGUAAUUGCUUCCUCUCUAUAAAGUUUAAAUGUAUUGUGUCCCAUUUUAUUUAUAGUAAGUGCUAAUUUGUGUAUAGCAAGAAGUGUAUAAACAGUGUAUCAAGACUCUGAAACUGCUGAAAUCAAGGAUUUGUAAACAAUACAUGUGCAUUCAGUGACUGUGAUAGCUGAGUCAGUAGAGCACUGGCCUACUUAACCUGAACACCUAAAGUGCAUGGUUCUGCCCAGUUUGUGUUUUUCAGAAAGUUUAAAAAUGAACCAGACUGUGCUAAGUGGUUGUGUCCUUUGGAAAGAUGCUUUACAUGAAUUGCUCUUGAUGGCAUAUGGUUGGGCCUUCCAGUGAGGUAGCCACCUGCUACUACAAGGAGAACAAGCUUCAAAUUGACCCUGGCUGUUCAUGGUGCAAUGAAACCUACAAACACUGGCAUUCAGAAUGUAGUUAUCUAUUUUGAUUUGAUAAAUGAUCUGUAUUUCAUUGUCAGAUAUAUUCAGGCUUGUUUCAUUUUCCCCCAACAAGUUUUAAUUUGCUGGGUAUUUGAUUCUCUGAAUAAAUGAAGUUCUAAUAACUUUUUGCAGUGGUAGUUUAUUAGUGAUAGCUAUGAAUGGCUAGUUAGUAUUAUCACAAUGUCCUGACACACUUGUAGUAAAUUUAGUGGUAUUUCGUUUUUAGAAUGAUAGAUAAUUAUCAACUGAAUGGUGGAUAUUAGUACUUUACAGAUUGUUUGAUAUGGAUGAUUUUGAGGGAAGAAUGGUGUUUGAUUAUUGUCUAUUUUUGACAUGUCAGAUGUGAUAUUUUUUAUCCUGUCCUGCGAGUUACUGGGGUACUAUGGUUUUUAGCUCACUUGCCACAAGGUAUGUGUUAACUUAUAUUUGGGAGGCGUGAUUUCUUUAGCUCACUUGACACAAGGUAUGUGUUAACUUAUAUUUGGGCGGCGUGAUUUCUUUAGCUCACUUGACACAAGGUAUGUGUUAAUUUAUAUUUGGGAGACGUGAUUUUUUGUUUAUGUUUUGUUUUUCAUAACAAUUAUAGUUUACAAUGUGCUUGUUAGAGCAAAAGCCUUAAAUGUGUGGUUUUGUUGCACGGGUGAACAAAGUAGGGAUGAAAAUUAUCAAUAUGAUAAUAAGUAACUCUUGCAUCAUAUACAGUGUACAUGUAGUUUGUUUAUGUAAGACAUUUUCAGGGUCACUGGGGUCAAAAAGGUUAAGAAAUGUAAUAAUUAUGGUCCUAAUCAUUUGUGUUUGUAAUAUCUAAAAGGUAUACGCUCGACAGAGAAGUUAUAUCUGGUUUGAUCAGAAAUAUGACCUUAACCAAAUUUUUAUGGUUCAUCUAUGCUAGAAUUUUCUAGCGGCUUAUUUAAGUAUGCAGAUAAAUUUUAUGAUAAUUUUCCCAUAGCUAGAUGGGAAUAAGUUCUAGCAAAUAAAUUCAGGUCAAUGAUCUUAAUCAUUUUCAUUGUCACUGCAGUGAAACGUAUUUAAAUUUUCAAAAUUCUAAAUAUUCCAUCAAAGAAGAAUAUCAUAUUUUCGGACUUUUUUCUUUUCUUUUUGUUUUA